AUGACUCACCCAAUAAAAAUCGACUACACCCUCUACCUAGUAACCGACUCAACCCUCGCCAUCCUCGGCCCCGACCGGGACCUGUACACGGUCGUCGAGCAGGCGCUGCGCGGCGGGGUGACGGUGGUGCAGCUGCGGGAGAAGACGGGGGAUACGGCGGAGCUGGUGGCGAAAGCCCGCAAGCUGCAUGGCAUCACGAAACGGUACGGCGUGCCGCUGUUGAUUAAUGACCGCGUGGAUGUGGCGCUGGCGGUGGGGUGUGAGGGGGUGCAUGUUGGGCAGGAUGAUAUGGAUUUGGCCACGGUGAGAAAGCUGCUCGGGCCGGACAAGAUCAUUGGCGUCACAGCUAGCACGGUGGAUGAGGCACUCAGGGCGUGUGAAAGGGGUGCAGACUAUCUGGGCAUUGGCACCGUUUAUGCCACACCAACGAAAACAAACACCAAGGAAAUCAUAGGCGCAGCCGGUGUCCGUGAAAUCUUGACGAAAAUCGCCGAGGCCGGGCAUAACACUCAAACCGUCUGCAUCGGGGGUGUCAACGAGUUGAAUGUUCAGCGCAUCUUCCACCAGUGUCAUUCCCCCAAGAAAGCCCUGGAUGGGGUCGCAAUUGUCAGCGCCAUCAUGGCGGCUCCGGACCCGGAGGCGGUCUCCAAGAAACUCCAUGGGCUGAUUACGUCCGAGCCGGCUUUUGCCGCGGAUCUCGGGGGAAAUCAAUCUGUCGCAGAUGCGCGGUCUGUGGUGGAUUUGGUGCCUUCGGUUAUCAAGCACGUCCAUGAAACUACGCCGCUUUCGCAUAACAUGACCAACCUCGUGGUACAAAAUAUCGCUGCCAAUGUUGCCCUCGCGGUGGGUGCGUCACCCAUCAUGGCAGGCUAUGGCGAAGAGGCGGCCGAUUUGGGCAAACUCGGCGGCGCUCUGGUCAUCAAUAUGGGCUCGGUAGACCCUAGUGGGCUGGAAAACUAUCAGAAAGCACUCAGGGCGUACAACCAGCAAGGGCGGCCGGUGGUGUAUGAUCCAGUGGGAGCUGGUGCCACUGCCAUCCGCCGCGCUGCUGUCGGGACCAUUCUAUCCAGCGGCUACCUCGACGUAAUCAAAGGCAACGAAGGCGAGAUCAAGACAGUCUUUAACACCCAGGAACAGGAAGAGCAACAGCGCGGUGUCGACAGCUCAACCACACUCGACGCCACACAAAAAGCACAGCUUGUGCGGGCCCUCGCCGCGCGCGAGAAGAACGUCGUCGUGCUCACGGGCAAGACGGAUUUCGUCAGCGACGGCACGCGCACGUUUGCUAUUGACAACGGGCAUGCGUAUCUCGGCAUGGUUACCGGUACGGGGUGCACGUUGGGGACGACCAUCUCGGCGGCGAUUGCCUCGCGGAAGGCCGGCGGGGGGGUGGAUCGCUUGGUGGCGGUCAUCGCGGCGAUUUUGCAUUUUGAGAUUGCGGCUGAGAUCGCUGCCGUGCCUCUCCUGAUCGGACUCAAAUUUCGAUAUUCAUCGAACGAACUAAAUCAACUUGGAGCUCUGCCACUGAUACCAACAACCCCUAGCAUCUGCGACAUCCAAGAGAAGUUCCGUCCAGCCAUCCAUGAGUUCGACAAAGUGGUCCUCACCGCCCGCAAAGCCCUGCGAGCCGCCACCGUCCUCCAAAUCCCCAUCUUCGUAACAACCCAAAACCGCGCCCGCCUAGGCAACACCGUUUCCGAGCUGCAACCCCACCUCCAAACCGCCGGCUCCCUCGUCCAAGCCAACCUCGACAAGACCCGUUUCAGCAUGUGGAUCCCCGGCAUCUCCUCCCACCCUCAAUUCUCAUCCACCUCUACAGAUCACACCUCCGACGUCCUAAUAAUCGGCAUCGAAUCCCACAUCUGCGUAACCCAAACCGCCCUGGACCUCCUGCAGCACGGCCACCGCGUCUACAUCGCCGCCGACGGCGUGAGCUCGACAAACCGAGAGGAAGUGGGGAUUGCGCUGGCACGGAUGCGGCACGCGGGGGCGGUGGUGACGUCGAGUGAGAGCUGGGUGUAUGAGUGUAUGGGGGAUGCGGGGAUUCCGGAGUUUAAGGGGAUUGUGGGGGUGGUGAAGGAGAGUGCGGGGGAUACGAGGGAGGCUUUGGGUGGGUUGGUGGGGAGUAAGAUUUAG